AUGGCUUUGGCGCCGGUGGAGUUCCUGGGCGCGAGGGACGGCAGGGAGGCGCUCUACUACGCCAUCAUACUGUGGCUGUCCGUCAUGUCGUGGAUCAUCUUCACCUGUGACGGCGGCGGGACGAGGAGGAAGGGCCGUCGGGGCAGCCGGGACACCAAGGUCUUUGUCGGCGCCGAGCGCCUCUGCGACGGCACCAGGCCCAACUGCAGCGGCGGCUACGGCCUCUGCGGCUCCUGCGUCAACUAGCCUGGCCGAGCCGCCGGCGUCUGCCUAGUUUGGGCUUUUGGUUGGUAACUUGAAUCGAUUCGUGUAAUUGGGCGUCAAAAGUACAUAUCCUCUAUUUAUGAGGUGGUUUGGUGAAGAUCGAUCGAA